CACAUUCUCCCCAACGGCUUGGGCCCAGCUAAAGACGCCCGACAUUGUUCUCGGCUUUUGUCGCCAAUUUUGUAGCACUGUUCUCAACGCGUCAUCCGAACAGUAACGCGUCGCCGGAGGCUUCUGUGCACAACGGCACCUGUACCUUCGCUCGCAUAUAUAAAGAGCUGAUCGUCACUGGUUGGGUUGCUAUCUGUCAUCUUUCGGUUGACUUGAUGACCGUGUCGUGCCGAGCUUGAUGUACGCCCAUACCGCUUCGCGAGGUCCGGUAGUCCCGAUAAGAGCUUCUCAGUAUGCUAGUGGAGGGAGAGGCCCUGCCAUACCCUCGGAGGGUCCACCGCCAAUACCUCCAGUAGGCCCCCCUGCCAUCUCAUCGUCAAGGCCGUCGCACCCCUCCCAGCCUUCGUCCUCUCACGCGCACCCUCCUGUUUCGGUCUUCUCUGCUCCAGGUCCUCCACCUCCAGUACCAGCAGGUGUGAAUCCAACACAGUGGAGGCAAGGACAAUGGCUCUAUCGACCUCCGCCUGCUCCAGGAGCUCCUCCAGGCUAUCAGCAAGUCUACGGACCAGGACCGGCGAUGCAGGGGCUUCCACCGCCGCACAUGGUUGGAUAUCAUGUCUCUUCGGGAUGGGGCAUUCCUCAACAGUACCAACCUCCUCCGAAGCAGCCGGAUCAGAGCUAUUGGGCAACACAAUUAUCGGAGAACGGGCUUGGGUUACAGGGCAUGGAUAUCAGAGCUCCUGAGGGUGAGACCGGUCCUGACGGGCAGAAGAAGCAGCUACAUACGCCUUGGAUAUGGUCCCCGACAGAUCUACCGAAUGUCGAUUCUGAUCCAGGUGGUAGUGGUGAGCGUCAUGAUCGUCAGGCUGACUCUCGCAGUACACAACAGGCCUCACACCCUCAGGCUCAGAAUCUACCUCCCCCUUCUUACGCGUCACAACAAGCCCAGCAACAGCAACACCAGCAACAGCAAUCACAUUCGUCCCGUCCACCGCCCUCACAAGAUCCGAAUCACAUCUCGAAUCUUAUGGCCAAUCGCCCGACCGCUCAGGCCUCGACUGCGUCAGCAGCUGCGGCUGAACUCCUUCGUACCCAACACUCCCAUACUUUGUCCGCUCCACAGCCACAGCGAGCGUCAGAGAGACCUGCCCCUUCGGGUCCUUUGGAGUCGUUUACCGCGCGCCAAGAGCUCCGCCCUACAUUUUCGCCUGCCAUCGUUCGGACGCCGAAUCACUAUCGUCAGACCUCCAAUACGGUCUCCACCGCGAGUGCUGCAGCUGCUGCCAAUUUGGCAUCUCGCUCUGUAGCUGAGACUCCGAGGCCUGCGAUGACUGGUGCUACCUCAGGUCGUGUCAUCUAUGCCGAUCCUGAUCCAACUCCUGCUCCUCAGCCUUCGUCCCACUCCUCGUCGCGUCCUGUUCAGCGCUCCCAGUCCAUUCCUACCGUACCCGCCAUCACGACCUCAAGAGCCGCUCCUGUCUCGAGACAGUCGUCCUUACCUGUCACCUCGGGCAGCCGCUCAGGGAUGAACAGUUUGGGAAUCCUCUCGCACUUCGAUGAGGACUCCGAUGGAGUCUUGAGCCCCCUGGCGCCUUUGGCGAGUUUCCCUUCUGGCGAGUCUACUACUUCAUCCUCAUCCGCAUCGACUGUCCAAGCACAGCCCCCGCCGACCAGAGAGUAUGAACAUUCGAGACACCGUGACCGAGAACGAAACGGCUCAGGGCAUCAUAGCAGCCGCCGGCCGACUCGCAGUGCUACGUACCCAAACAUCGAAGAUCGUAGCAGCGGUGGUCACAGAGGCAGUCGCCACCAUGAUCACCGCCAAUACCGCUCUCGCGAUGUGUCUCCCCUGUCGUCCUCAUCCGAUUCGGAGUCAGCUUCUGCGACGACCACACCGAGCACGAGUCCUCACACAAGGGGUACACCGUCUUCGGGCAAUCAGAGCACGCCAUCGUCAAGGCACACGAGAACGCCUUCGUCGACGUAUAGCAGGAAUACACCCUCCUCGGGUCGUUCGAGCUCCCGUUCGAGGCCUCCGAGUCUACACCCGUCGCCGAAUUAUACGCAGCCUCCGCAGAUUUACGCAUCCCCGCCUGCCUCGCGGGAGAACUCCAAUAGUCAACCAUAUAGUCAACCAUUUCCCCAAGCCCAACCACAGGCCAAUCCGUAUUCCGCACCUACGGCACAAACUCAAGUGCAGGCGGUUACCCAUUCGUACUCUGCCUCUAUUCAACCGCACCCGCCACCUCAGCCCCAGUCGCAACCUUACUCACAAUCAUAUUCGUCCUCGACGACACAACUCCAACGUUCUCCGUCUUAUCCACAGACACAGACGCAACAGUCCUCUCACUCUUAUUCUUCUUCGAGUCAGUCACAGCGCUCUCCGUCCUAUGCUCAAUCCAAAUAUUCUGCCAAUACGUAUCAAUCCAGUUCUGAACAUCGCUCUUCCCACCAUUCGUCUUCGUCCGGCAACGACCGCGAACGAGUUCGUGACCGCUCUCGCGACCGUCACCGUGAUCGUGAUCGUUCUCGCGACCGCGACCGUGAGCGUACGCGAGGCCUCCCUCAUAACCCUCUCCCCGCACCCCCUCAAGAUCGCUACCCUACCUCCUUCACCCCUUCCCCUACCUCGCCAACUUCCGCGUCCCAUUCCCACUCGCACUCACAGUCACACCCCAGAUCCAGUCAAAGUUCCGGCCAAAGUCCCAUGGUUCGUCGCGGAUACUGGAACAAGCGCGGCGAUCACCUCACCCAGGAGGGCUACGUUGUCUAUGCACCGCAAGACCGCGCAAAUCCUUCUGAGCUGGCGAAUUAUCCGAGCCCGACUGAGGGGUACAGAGAUCACACGGGAGCGUUCGUCAAGUACGAUCCUAAGAGGCCGGAGUUACAGGAUUCGCUGCCGAAGCAUGGGCAGCCGCCGAAGAUGCCUUACGAACGCUUUGUGUCGUACCUGUAUGCUUAGAGAGGCGACCAAUGAGUUAUUCGGCCGGUCCACCAUAUAAUCUACCAUCCAAUUCUUGUUUCAAAUCUGCUUCGCUUCUUUCCCCUGAACUCAUCUGAACCAUCUAUGGCAACAUACAAUCAUCUUCCAUCCUCUCUGUCGACCUAUGUAAAUCCACUUUCUUUUGUCUCGUCUCUCCGCUCUGUCUUUGCCCAUCCUGUAAACCCUGGAUAACCACCGUCAUCUGUACUUUUCUGUACCAUGUGCUACCUCACAUCGCCCUUUGUCUGUGAAGGUACACUUCAUCUGUGUUUCAUCGCAUCUGUUGUUUGUAACGUAUUGGUGUGGCUAUCGGAAUCAGAAUCUGGUUACCAUCUGC